AUGGCAGCUCCGAGUUGAUAGUGGGUCGUUGUGGGCUUUUUUUUCCGUCGCUACAGGCGACCUUAAUUAUUUAUUCUUAGACAUCCUAUAUGAUCUGUGUCUCAUUUUAGUGACGUUACUAUGUGUAGCAUCUUUGGUUGCUGGAAAACCUGUAUAUUUUCUGCUCUGUCCGCACUGAGCCCAAGACUGACCUGUGACGUCGCAAGCUGAUCGGUGAAGCAUUGAAGAUCGUUGGAGGCGAUGGCCAUGCAGAUCGCCAACACUUCCCCAGGGGCUGGAAGCAUUCCCCUGGGGAGACUGAUCGACUUCAUUCUGCAAAGGACGUACCACGAACUGACUGUGCUUGCUGAAUUGUUGCCCCGUAAGACGGAUGUGGAACGCAAGAUAGAGAUUGUGCAGUUUGCCAGCAGCACGAGGCAGCUCUUCGUACGUCUGUUAGCGCUCGUCAAGUGGGCUGCUAGUGCCACCAAGGUGGAGAAAUGUGCCGCCAUUGUGGGAUUCCUGGACAAGCAGAACUUGCUGUUUGUCGAGACUGCUGACAUCUUGGCCAUGAUGGCGAGAGAGACACUGGUGCAAGCCAGGCUGCCCAGUUUCCACAUACCAUGUGCGGUUGAGGUCUUGACCCUAGGCACCUACUCCAGGCUUCCGACCUGCAUCCGUGACAAAAUCGUACCACCAGACCCUAUCACUCCGUCGGAGAGAAGAUCAACGUUGCUUCGGCUAAAUCAAAUCAUCCAAUAUCGCCUGGUGUCCUCAGAUCUGCCACCUCAGAUGAGGUCCCUUCGCAUUGAAAAUGGAAGGGUGAUGUUUCACGUGGAACAUGAAUUUGAGGUGUCUCUGACGCUGAUGGGAGAUGGACCGCACAUUCCCUGGAGGCUGCUCGACAUCGACAUCCUCGUGGAAGACAAGGACACCGGAGACUGCCGUGCCCUGGUACAUUCACUACAGAUCCAGUUUAUUCACCAGCUGAUACAGUCGCGCCUGGUCGACAACCCGAAGCCACUGCACGAGCUCUACAACUGCUUGCACUCUUUUUGCUUGAGUCUACAACUAGAGGUCAUACACUCUCAGCUUGCAAGACUUUGCCGCGAGCGACUCGGAGAUUUCGUCCGCGUCGAUGAAUAUCGUCCAGGGCAAAAUCUGGUUGUGCAGUACUGGAGGGACCAGUUCAGCAAGGAGAAGCAGUCUUACCAGCUGAACAUCCAGGUGGAUUCGGUGGAUCCCAGGAAGCCUCUCCGCGUGACCCACAACCCGGCGCUUCCGCACAAGGAUGCUGUCUGGGCCGACCAGGCCAUCAAGUCGGAGUUUCUGUCCGUGGAGAAGCUUCUUAUCCAGACGAUCCACAUCCGGACCAAGCAGCGCCUGUCCGACCUUCGUGGCAGACUCCGCAGCUCGGUCGUGGGACCCGCCGAAUGCCCCAUUUUGGGUUCCCCAGCCAUGCUGCAGGUUCCCCUGUUGCAGCCCUGCAUGCAGUCGGAAAACCUGCUCGUCACCGUGGACACCCACACCGGAUACUUCCUGGCCUUUGUGCCCCAGUACGAUCCUCCCAUGAUUGGAGAGAUCCAAGAGGCCCUGAACAAAGAUGCGGCAAAGCUAGACACCCUCCUCACAGACCUGAGGUUCUGGAUGACGGUAAAGCGCUGUGAGAAGACGCUGCAGCACCUGCCCGUGCUGACCAGUCCCAAGCUGCCCCUGGUGGUGCCCAGGGGUCAUCCGGCCGCCCGGCUGGGACCUCACACCCUCUAUGUCAAGCUAUGCAAGCACCACAACUGCUACGUGGUGGUGGAGUUGAAGGAGAACCCAAGCAGCCCGCAGGAGAUUUCACAGACGUACUACCUGAUGACUGUGCAACCGCACGCGCUGCCAGAGGAGGACCCUUCCUCCUCCUCUGCGGCGGGGGCCCAGGGGGGUUCUGGAGAGACCCCCAUGGAGACUGAGCUGCCCAAGGCCUUUCUCAGGGUGGCCAACUUCAUGCAGCUCGACACCUUCGCGAUUGUGCAUGGACCGUGCACCAAGAUCGACCUGUCAUUAUUGUCGGGAGGAGGGAAAAGAAAGCUCUCGGCAUCCAACGAACUGCUGGCCAAGAGGCCCCGCUACACGGGCUACUUCAUCAGUGAACUGGCUCACGUGGUGGCCUUUUGUGAUGACCGCAUUCCGUUCUGUACCCUUACCGUUGAGCUGAACAAAAGGAACAUCUGUCACCAGGGGAUGCAGAUCGAGGCCAAUGGAACCAACUUCCUAGUCAAGAUUGUUCAGAUGCCUGCAGGGGAAGACUGGGAGAAAGAGACUGCUGCGGCUCUCCAGGCGGCCACUCUGAGCUGCACCCUCAGGCUUCAGGUCAAGGGCAUCAAGGCGUGGCUGGCAGAGUUUGUGUUCUGCAGCUGCCCCCUGCCGAGCCAGUCCCCCAAAGAACGGGGCCCCCGGCGCCCGGUGUGCUUCAUGUACGACUUUGCGUCGGGCACAGCAUCCCAGGUGGCCUCGGUGGUGGAGGAGAUGCUCCAGGACUGGAACACCAUCGGUCACCUGUACGGGGUCGUGCUGCGCUUUGCACAGGCGCUGCGCCUGGACCAACAUCACUCGCUGAUGUCCAUUGUGGACAUCAAGUCAUUCACCUACAAGAAGUUGGUUCUGGGCUAUGGUUUGAACAAGGCCAGCACUGUCACCAUCUACUGGCGGCCGUCCGAGAAGCGCUUCCACCUGGCCUUUGGGGUGGUGGGCCACACGGCCUCUGCAAGCAACCCUCACACGGUGGUGGCACCCCAGCUACAGCACGAAUUCAACCAACACCGCUCUGUUGCCACCCUCAUCGAGGUGCUCAGGGACACGUACGCCCCCCUGCUGUCACUCACUAAGCUGCCAUCUGCUCCACAGCUGGGCAUCAUCAACAGCAGGCCUCAAGUGCCAGUGCAGACCUUUGUGAUCAUUCCCCAGUCUUCAACCCACCUCCGCUUGGCCUACAGAAACACCUACGUCUUGGAUCUCCAGUGUCGCCCAGAGGGAAUGGUGGCGGUCAGGGACGGCGCCUACAGCAAGUUUGACAAGACCAAGGCCGUUGAGGACUUCACACCCAUUCAGGGCCUCAGAGCGUUUCUGAGCAAGUUUGUGGAUGAGAGCGCGUGCCAGCUGCGUAGGCGCUCGCAGUCCGAGGACGACAACCCCCCGUCGCCCAUCCCUACCCUGGAGGGCAUGGACUCCUUCCUGGGUCCGGGCCUGAGGCCCCUGUCUCCCGCACAGAGGCCUCAAGACGCCAGCGCUGCUGCCGCCGCCGCAGUGGCAGCUGCCGCGGGAGGCUUGCGCUUCCACCACCCCAUGACGCCACCGUCCAACCCACACACCCCGGCCUCCCCCCACCCGUCCGUGCUCUCUCAGGGCUACGUGGCGUCUCCGAACCCGUCGUUUGCGUCGCUGGCGAGCCCCCCCGUGCCGGGGCCUCCUCCGUCCUCCUCGGGGGUGGUGGGCGGGGCUGCCAACCCCCACGUGAGCCCCUCGCUGCUGCACAUGCAGGCGCAGUCCCCGGGCAACCUGUUCGGGGCCAGCUCCCCCGUGAACCCCCUGCACGCCCCCUCGCCCUCCUUCCUGCCCUCGCCCUCGCCCUCCCAGGUGCCCCUGCCCAGCCCCGCCCAGCCGGGCUUCAUGGCUUCCCAGGCCAGCCACCCGGAGGGGGGCUCCCCAUUCCCGACGCCGGGGGGCUCCCAGGGCAGCAUGUCCCUGUCUUCCCCCGCCCCCGGGACAUGGCCGGGCAGCCCUUCGGUGCCCCGGCCCUCCCCCCGGCUGGCCCCGAGCCCGUCCCCGCACGGGGCUGCGGCCGCGGCCCUGCACAGCCCCCAGACGGGACCCCCCAUGGACCACAAGCCGCAGAUGCCCACAGGCCUGGGCGGGGGAUCGACGCGGGUGCUGCCGCAGCGGUCGUGGGCGGCGGCCAUGCCGACCCUGCUGUCGCACAAGGGCCUGGACCUGGCCUGCCAGAGCAGCAUGGGCAGCGGCAUGGGGGGACCCCCCCUGCCCCUCCAGCUGGCCCCACACUGCUCCCCGCUGGAGCGCUUCCUCGGCUGCGUCUUCAUGCGCAAGAGCCUGCACCGCGUCGUGCAGGGCGAGGAGAACCUGACGAUGAUCCAGACCCAGGAGCCUGGGGUGAUCCAGUUCAGGGCAGAGACCCUCCAGUGCCGUGUGAGCCUGAACCCGGCGAGCAUGCAGUCCCUUCACCUCAAACUCUCCCCGCCGGGUCCCCCAGAGCAGUGGAGUCCCGACGAGCUGCAGCUGCUCGAGCGGUACUUCGACACCAAGGUGGUUAGUUUCCCGUACAAGCCCAAUGCAUUUAUGUCCUUCACUAGGCUUCUUAAUGCUCCUUUGAACAUUCUCAAGGACUUUGUUCAACUCAUGAGACUGGAACUGGUUCCUGACCGUAGCAUGAAGUGGAGCAUGCAACUGUGUCUGACAAUUCCGCCUGCCGCGCCACCCAUCGCACCUUCUGGCAUGAGUUCCGUCCUCGUGAUCAAGAACAAGAUGCUGUUCUUCCUGCAGCUGACCCGGACGGUCCCCGGAGAGCCAUCGCACAUUGCCGUGCCCGUGGUGUACGACAUGAGCACUAACGUGAUGCAGGUGGCCGACAAGCGGCUGGACACUCCUGUCGUGCAGCCCAAUGCCCCCAUCGUCCUCAUCAACGCCAUGCUCCGUCGCUUCGCCGAGUUUGCACCCCCAAACGAAUGUUGCAUCUAUCCAUCAAUACGGGAAAUCCUGACCAGCCUGGCCAUUCCACCGCAGUGAAAAGAAGCCUCUGCCGGAGGACUCAGCCGCAUGAAGACAGUCUGACACCUGUGUACCAUAACCACCCUCGAGGAGUUGCAUAAUAAAUCGUGUGUUUCAGUUA